UGUGAGGCGCUCUGGUGAGGCAAUCUGGUCGAAAUGGCAGCUCAAGAAGAGGAUGCGACUCGCCUGAGAUUGCUCCUCGAGUCGUCCUCGAGCUCUCUUGGCGACAUCGCCGCCGCCUGUCAUGCGGUGGAAUCCGUCUCCAGGCACUUGCCAAGAUCGUUCUUUUGCGUUUGCUUCCCGCUCCUCCUGCGCAGAUUGUUUGGAUUCAAGGACUUCCAGGCAGGGGCAGUGACUUCCUCGGAGGGAUGGCUCUCGGUCGUCUCGCAGGCGGGCUGUGAAUCGGCCGCGACGGUAGUAAUCGCUCUCCUAGCGCCCGGGAGCUCGCUCUUCAAAUCCCUCCUCGCCUCGGACAGCGAGAGCGUCGUGAGGUAUGUGUUUCCAUUCGAGCGCCUCCCGGAAUGGGUCCGCCGCCUCUUGGCGGUGGAGGGCGGCGGCCCAGUGCUGGAGCACGUCUCGAUUCUCUUCCGGAAGAGGCUCAAGGAGGACAUCACUGGGUCGAUCCAGAUCGAGCUAGACAUCUUCCAGUAUUACAUCUUCUGGUUUGCCUACUACGCGGUUUGCAAGGAGUCUCCAGCCGCCAAGACUUCCAAGACUGGGCUCUCUCGAUCAUCCCAGCUGCGCAGCCAGAUCGAGAGCUGGGCUUCUUCCAUCCCGGGGCUCCAUCACUCUCACCAGGGAAGCUUGGUCUCGCCGCUUCAUCCAUACUUGCAGCUCCUCCAGCUCUAUCUUUCACACUUUGUUGGUCCAGCGAUGAUCCGGAAAGACAAGCAAGUGAUCUCACUAUGGGAAGACUACGUCAUCUCGCACGCCGACAUACUCGUCCGGACUUUGAUCGAUUUUUGGCUCAUUGACGACGAUCCUUGUCCGUUCUCGCUCGCGGUGUGCCAGUCUUUGCAGCUCCACACUUUGCCGCCACCUUCGUCUUACGUGCCGCCAGGAAGAGAUCUCAUCGAUGCCGUGAAGCUGCUCAUCAACUAUUUCAGUGCUCUUCUCCAAACGCAGAUUGGUCACCACGAGCAGUUCUUUGCUUCGCCAGAGUCACCGGCUGGAUUCAGGAGGAAAGCUUCGCUUCUGUCGGAUUUGCGAGCAAGUUCCGCGCUGAAUGCCAGUCCGUAUCUGCAGUCGCUGCAAAGGCCGCUCUAUCGGUUCUUUCUCCGGGCGUUUUGUUUGUGGCCGGUUGGGACGUCCCUGACCAAGGUGCUGCCGAUGGUCGACCUGUGGCUGCACUACUUGGAACCAUGGACGGCGAUUCUUCUCGUCCCAAAGGACAGCAGCGUUCAGCCUGGCUCCAGAGUUGUUCUUGACGAGUCGAAGCGCUUCUACUCGGCAUACUGGCAGGAAUACGUUCUCUCCAACUAUGGUUUCUACACGUCGCUGGUUUCGCACUUCCUGGAUUUCGCUUUGAAGUUUCUACACGUCGACAUGGAGCUGGUCGUCCAGGCAACAUGCAAGGUUCUCGGUGUUUUGGCCAAGUCAGAUGAUCUGUUAGAUCUUCUGCGGAGGGUUAAUGCCGCGUACACGGAAAGCUUUCUCGGGAGGCAUCACUAUACGAGUAAUCCUUUUGUUGACAGAGUCCCAAUCAUCAUGGAACAGCUACAGGAUUGGGAAGAGGGGAUGACAAAUUCAGAGAAGGAGCAUGGCGAGAUCUUGCACUCGAGCAUGCAGACCAGUGCCCCCCAGCUGCAUUUAUUUGGUGUGGGAGAAUACGGAGGCCAUUAUGUCUUACAGAGCAUCAUCUUGCUGGCGGAAGCGGAAAACCGAGCUUGCAACACCGACAAGCUGCCAGUAUCUCCCAAGACCUUGAGAAAUCUGAAGGAGCUAGUCCUGAAAGUUUUUGAGCGGGAGGUUUUGGGAAGGCAGCAGCCGCUGAGGUCGGACUCUGGCUCUCCACUCCCCGAGAUGGUGAUCCCGGAGACAAAUCACUCGGAGGAGACCCCGGAGAGAAGUCCUGGACUCCAGAGGCACAGCGUGGCGGAGGUGAAGUACAAAGGCGAUUGGAUGAGACGUCCGAUAGAAAGCCAGGAGAUCGGGUGGCUUGUCCGGCUGCUGGUGGAGGUCUCGGACAAGCUAAACGGUUGCCUGGGAUUUACCGGAGGCAGGGAAUUGAUCGAAGAACAGGGGUGCUCAUCACACUCGCAGGUGCUCGACGCUGUUUUUCCCGAAGUCCUCAAGCCAGUGGCGAGAGCUCUACUCGCAGCUUUCCUCUUCGUGGUGAAGGAGUUGCGGAAGCGGGGAUUUAGAAUAAAUUUGCGGCCACUAGCGAGCAAGCAGGCGAUCAGUUCCGGGGCUCUAGCGCUCUUCUUCUACUGGCUGGUCAAGAAGAUCGCGGGGUAUUUCUUCAAAUAAUAGCCGUUGGAUGGAUGGGAUCGACGGCUAAGGCGCUAGGGUUCUUUACGACGCUUGAGGCAUAUUCCAUUGGCGGGUUUUUCAAAUAAGUCCAACACGUGGCUUAUCCGAGUGCUACGUGGCAAGGCCGUCAUAACGUUGUGGCUUCCAAGGACGUGGCGUUUAGGGUUUAUAGCACAAGAAGAGGCGGCAGGAAGCAUCCAGGCAGGUUGAGGGAUAUCACUUUGGAGUUUUUGGUCACUGUGGAUUGAAAAUGGAAGAGUUUUCAUCGUC